ACAGCAGAGGAGUUGGGAUGCAUGGCUGUGCUGUGGAUAUCUCUGAUUUUAUGCAACUUUUAGAGAAAUAUCAGACAUUCAACCAGUCAGACUAAAGUAAUCGAUCAGCCUUUUCUGUGCGUCAUGCGCUUGUUGACGUGUUGGUUAUUUUCGCUGUUUUUCUUCGAGGAUGGGACAGAGUCUGCAGAGUUGCCCCCGACCACCGGACACUCCGUGCAUAUCAAUGACGGCAACUUUUCAGACCGGGAUCACAUGAAACAAGAGUCCAUUCACAUCCAACAACAAGUGCUCGAGCGCCGUCCAGGUUCUGCCUUUAAGCUGAAGGUCCAGGUCAACAGCGCGCUGAGCCGUCAGGUAUUGAACCAGGCAGUCGUGGAGAUCUACAUCAACUACACAAGGACCACUGAGGCUCUGACAGGGCAGGAUGGCAGUGUUUUGCUUGAUAUACCAUAUCAGGAUGGGAUGCCUAUGACGAUCGUGGCCAGAAAAGAUGGCUACACUCACACACUGCUGCCAUAUAAAGCCAGCAGAAUGCCAUUGUUUUCAUCUGUGACGCUCUAUCUGCUGAGGCUGAACCAGGGAAACAUCUGGCUCUUCGAUGAUUCAGUCCUCAUCACUGGAGAAACUUCUGAUGCUUCAUCACAGCCUGUUGUCCAGUUUCCCAAGAGCCUCCUGAAUCUGACAGACAGCAGAAACAUCACAGCUGUUAGAGCCUACCUGACUGUCCCCAAGCUGCCGUCACAAGAUGACACAGUGCUGAUUACUCCUGGCAUCAUGAGCAGUAAAACAGGUUACAUCAGUGUGGACCUGAGUCCGGUGGCGGCCGUCAGUGUGCAGCUUUUCUCAGGAGACACAGAGUUACAUCUGAGCGGGCCCAUACAGAUCAGACUCAGCCUCCCUGACAGCUGUGGGCUCCAGAGUUCAAACACUGUUCCUGCAUGGUUCUUUAACAGCACCACUGGAGGAUGGAUGAGAAAAGGCCUGGGGACAGUGGUGUCAGUGGAAGGAAAACUCAUGUGGAACUUCACUGCUCCUCACCUUGGAUAUUGGAUAGCAGCACCUUUGUCACCCAGCCGAGGUUUCUUUGGAUUCGCCGUUCCUCUUGACUUUAUUGUGCGUCACUCAUAUGUCCUGAUGCUUAUUCUUGGAGGAGUUCUUCUCUUUGUAAUCUGCCUUCUGGUUGGGUUGCUGUUUUGUCGCAGAAGUUCAUCCAGGGAAAAUAUGGCAAAGAAGAUCCUCCCAGUGUCAGUGAAAGACCAAACCACCUCCACCUGUGAGGAUGACGUCUUUGAAGUAUCUUCAGGUGAUCCCUCUCAUCCACAGAGUGGACUAAACCAAUCCUUUACAGAGAAGGGAGAUAAUCUGCACAAUGCCUCUGUUAUUUCUAUGCACAAUGGCAGCAUAAUAGCCAACCCUGGUGCUGUGUCCAUUGCUGUGGAGUGCAAUGAACUGGAUCUGAACACAGCAUCCCUCACAGAGAAUUUGUUUUUCUACAACCAGCCUGUCGCCAUUCUUCACGCUCCGGCAUUUUUCCACUUGGAGGAGCAGCCAGAGCGGCCCCAGUGGUGCAAGUCGGCCACUCUUCCCCGCGCAGGGGCAUCCAACGGUGCUGCAGCUGAGCCACCCAGGAAAGACAGCUUCACACAGACUCAGCCUAAAGGCCCCUCUAACACUCAGAGCCAAACUGCAGAAAAUGACGACCAGCUCGGGGCUUCAGAGAACUCUCAGCCUGAAACCUCCAGCAGCCCGUCCAGGAGUCAUGUCAGCCUCCCUGAGUCAGCAUCAGUCCCUGGAACAUUAACUAAAAUGGUUGGCAGUAGACACUCAGUGCAUGCCUUUGCAGAGCUCUCUAAAAUCCCCUCUCUUCAGCCUCCAAGGGCCUGGUUUGUCUCUCUGGAAGGAAAACCUGCAGCUGAGAUCCAUUACGCGGUGUCAGAGCAGCAGAGGAGGCGAAGGCCAGCGGAGAGCAGAGAAACCAGCUUGGACUCAGGAGUGGACAUGAGUGAACUGAACCAGACGUCUGGAAGGAGGGCUGUCACUCUGGAGCGGAAUAAUACUUUUGUCAAAAGCACAAGCAGCAGUAAAAACACACCAUCACAAUAAAAAUAAACUUUCACCCUUUAUUAGGACAGUCCCUUCUCUACCAUGCAUCAGAUUAUUCUGUAUGUGUCGGGAUGUCACUAUUGGACUUUUACCAGAAUGUCAACAGUUAAUGGACUAACAUCCUUAUAUAAUUCUCAGAACCUUUCUACAUUUUAGUAGUCUUUCCUAAAAAUUCAGUUCUAAUCAAAAGUAGGUCAGUUUUGGUUUUAAUGUCUGUUGUUUCUAUUACCCUUUUUUGUUGUACUCCGAAAGGAUAAAUGUACUGAUUCUUUGUUCUAUUAACCCUUAAGAGAUACAGACAUUAUAUGCCGUUCAGUCUUUUCAUUUUUAAGCCAUUCUGGCUGAGUUGAAUGAAGCUCAAAUUUGCCCGAGGACAUUCAUUUUUUGAUUAAAAAAAUAUAGAAUUGUCAUCUCAGUUCCUUAAAUUAGCCUAAAAUGGCUUAGAUACACAAUUAUCGACACAUUUAUUCUUCUGACAAAAAAAUGUCCCAUUGAAAACCAUUGAAAAUGUCAUUUUUUAAAGAAAAAAUUCCACAUCUGAACAUACACUCAUGCAUUCCUGUAUGUUAAGAUUUUUUUUUGGAUUACUACCUUUCAAUUUUUAAUGUUAUUUCUGUCCAUCAGAUGGCACUACUUUUCCACACUCAAAGCAUGCUACAAAAUUUCACACUUUUUACUGUUUUCUGCAGGGGUGCCUAAAAUAAGUAUGUGUUGCUUUUGACUUUGGUUAAUAAUGUGUGUUUGUGUUUUAUUUGAGUUUUUGCAAUUUUGUUCUAUUAAAAAACAGAGGAGUUGUGUAAACAUACUGGCCUUUAAAGGGUUAAAAUCCCAAAAAUAUAAUUGAUACUUGAUCUGUAUAUUUCAGGCUAAAGUCGUUUUAAAAGACUGACUCGUUCACGGCACAAAAAACAUAUAUAUAUUUAUAUUUUUAGAGCUGAUUUUAGGAGGCUGGCAAUUUUGCUGUUAGGA